GCAAGAUGCAGAGGCCAAGGUUUAAAUUGCCAGAAGCUUUGGUUAUGGAAAUUCUGUCAAAGCUUCCAGUUAAAUCCCUUACUCGCUUCAACUGUGUUUGUAAGUAUUGGUGUUCUUCUUUUCAAACUCCUCAUUUCAUUUCCAAACACCAUCACUACAACCUUGAAAACAGCAACCUUAAUCUACUUCUUAGUCGCCGUGAUGGCAACACCUUCCAACUUUAUUUCUCUCAACUUUCAAAUGAAAAAGAUCAAAAUUAUAUAGUAAAACAAAACAUUCACUUGCCCUUUUUUAAGAAUGAUGUCCCCUCUGUUUAUGGUGCUUGUCAUGGAUUAUUGUGUUUACUUGAUCCUUCAAAGGAUAACGCCGCCAUUUGGAACCCAUCAACCGAGAAUGACGUUUAUUUUGACCACGCUGCUUUUGGGUUUGAUUCUAAAACUGAUGACUACAAAGUCAUACGAUUUGUUAGUCUUACUUUUGUUAAUAGUGAAGAAGAACAUCCACAUCCUCAUAGUAUGUACCAAGUUGAGUUGUAUUCUCUUAGAAGUAAUUCCUGGAAGGAAAUUCCAUCUCCUGAGUAUAUACCAACUUAUACAACUUUGGGAAAUAUUUAUGUAGAUGGAAUUUGCUAUUGGAAAACAGAGACAGGGGCAUAUCUUGAUUUUAGAGGACUGAUUCUUUCAUUUGACAUGGGGAAUGAGAAGUUCUCAAUUUUACCUAUCCCAGAAUUCGUUGGGUCUUUCCCAGAAUACUAUGUUGAUCUAUUGGUGUUUAAUGGAUCACUUGGUGCUAUUGUUUACCCAUCGGAAAGAAUUGACACGUCUUUUGAUUUAUGGGUUACAAGUGAAGGAGUGUGGACUAAACAAUUCAAUAUUAAAUCCAUUUCUGGAGUUGUACGCCCAUUGGGAUUUGGAAAAAAUGGUGAUUUGUUUGUUAGAGACACAAAUAAUGAAGUACUCCUAUUUGACGCCUCUACCCAAGAGCUUAGGAAGCUUGAGAUUAAUACUUAUCUAGAUCAUAUUUGGGCGGUCAUCACCCUUCAUGCUUAUUUUGAGAGCCUGGUUCAUAUCAAUGGAGUACAAGAGGUUGAAAAACAUGUAAUACGUCAACCAACGAGAGAUGCAUCAAAUGAAUACUGA